GAGAGCAGUAUAAGUAGCUAUCCACAAAUUCAUAAUCGAAUAUUCAACACUCCCAAGUCCAAACAACAUUCUUAUCCCCUACCAAGAACAAACCAACCAAAAUCAAAAUGGCGGAGGGCGGCGGAGCAGUAGCGAUGCAGAUGCUCCGCGGGCGAUGGUUCAUGGUGUUCGCGUGCCUCCUGAUCCUGUCAAUGUCCGGCGCCACCUACAUCUUCGGCGCCUACUCCAACGACCUCAAAACCUCCCUCGGCUACGACCAGACCACCCUCAACCUCAUCAGCUUCUUCAAGGACCUCGGCGGCAACAUCGGCGUCAUGUCCGGCAUCAUCAACGAGUUCACCCCUCCCUGGGUCGUCCUCGCCAUCGGCAUGACCAUGAACUUCUCCGGCUACUUCAUGAUCUGGCUCGCCGCCACCCACCGCAUCUCCCCUCCCCCCGUCUGGCAGAUCUGCCUCUACAUCUGCGUCGGCGCCAACUCGCAGACCUUCUCCAACACCGGCGCCCUCGUCACCUGCGUCAAGAACUUCCCCCAGAGCAGGGGAAUUGUCAUCGGCCUCCUCAAGGGCUUCACCGGCCUCAGCGGCGCCAUCAUGACCCAGCUCUAUCGCGCUUUCUACACCGGCGACUCCAAGUCCCUCAUCCUGCUCAUCGCCUGGCUUCCCGCCGCGGUCUCUCUUGUGUUUUUGCCUACGGUUCGUUUGAUGAAAGCCGAUUCCAAGCCGGAGAACGAACUCCGCGUCUUCUACCAUCUCCUCUACAUAUCUCUCGGCCUCGCCGGUUUCCUCAUGAUCGCAAUCAUCUUCCAAAACUGGCACACUUUCACUCAGCCAGCAUACGCCGGCUUCGCCACCGUCGUCCUCAUCCUCCUCUUCGCCCCGCUAGCUGUUGUCUUCAGAGAAGAGCUCAAUAAUUGGAAGGGAAGGAAAGAAGAAGAAGUGAGCGAUUCGACGACGGCUGUGAAAGUGAUCACGGAGGAGGCUGGGCCGGAAAAGGUGGAGGCGACGCCGUGGUGGAAAGACGUGCUGAAGCCGCCGGAGAGAGGCGAGGACUACAACAUACUCCAGGCGCUUUUCAGCAUCGACAUGAUCAUUCUGUUCACAGCAAUCACGUUCGGCGUGGGCGGGACGCUGACCGCCAUCGACAACCUGGGGCAGAUCGGCCGGGCGUUGGGAUAUCCGGCGAAAACUAUCACUACGUUCGUGUCGCUGGUCAGCAUAUGGAACUACCUCGGGCGGGUCACAGCGGGAUUCGUGUCGGAGAUAGUCCUGGCCAAGUACAAGUUCCCGCGGCCGCUGAUGCUGACGCUGGUGCUGCUUGUCUCGUGCUCCGGCCACCUCCUGAUCGCAUUCGGCGUGCCUAACUCGCUCUACGUGGCCUCGGUCAUCAUGGGGUUCUGCUUCGGGGCGCAGUGGCCGUUGAUCUUCGCCAUCAUAUCCGAGAUCUUUGGCCUCAAGUAUUACUCCACGCUCUACACAUUGGGCGGGGGCGCCAGCCCCCUCGGCGCGUACAUUCUCAAUGUGAGGAUCACGGGGCAUUUGUACGACAUGGAGGCGACGAAGCAGUUGGCGGCGAAAGGGCUGACGAGGAGGCACGGGGAGGAUCUGUCGUGCACCGGCGUCGCCUGUUACAAGCUCGCGUUUCUCAUCAUCACCGCCACUACCAUGGUUGGCUGCAUUGUUUCCUUCAUCUUGGUAGUGAGGACUAGGAAGUUUUACAGAGGGGACAUAUACAAGAAGUUCAGAGAUGAGCAAAUUGCCGAAAGUUAAACAAUUGGAAACAGAGUCCUCUGUUUCUCAUCUUACUUACUUUAUCAUGGAUAUUAUGUAUUGUAGAUAAAAAUAUCAUUUACUCAAUUGAUACAAGAUUAUAAUCGCUUCACACAA